AUCUAUAUCUUUGGGUUAUCGCCGAAUAUUUUUCAAACGACUGAAAAUGCAUGUCAACAAUGGGCGAAAGCAGCAUCCGAGCAUCCGAGGUUUUGGCAAUUUUUAAAGUCAGUGUGAUGUGGUGUCGUCCAAUUAUGUCAGAAUCUGUGUAACCAGACAUUGUAUCCGACAAAAUGGAUGCAGACAGCGUGUAUGACGAGACACCAGUCCGAGACCCUGGUGGGGGUGCCAGGGGUCAUGAGUUACCACAGGAUAGCGAACAGCGUCGCGCUCAGCAGAGACGAGCCGUUGCCAAGAUCAGCCGAGAGGAGUUGGAAGAUAAAUACCUCCGUCUCCACGAUGAGAACUUGGUCUUGAAGAGACAUGCCCGCAAACAGGAGGAGAAAAUUAAAAAAAUGGCCACCAAGUUGCUAAGACUAGUCAGCGAUCGGAAGAAGCAGGACCAGGAAGAGGGAGGAGCUAAGAGGCCAGCUCGUAAGGGGCGAGACGUGGAGACAGAAGAGAUGCUUGAGGACCUUCAGGGUAAAGUGAGGGAACUCCACAAACAGAACGACUUGCUUAAGAACAAGUUGAUGGUUACUAAACAACAGCUUGCCACUCAGGGUACCAGAUCGACACCCUAUCCUCAUGUCCAAUCCAGGAUAAAUACUGGUCUGCCCAAACCGCCACCACCAGACAACGUCCGAAAAGGCUUGAGAGUACAGGGACAUGAUCGGACCAAAUCAGCCACACCCAGAGCCUUCAGGACGGAUGUCCUACCAAGAUACGGUCACAGUCUGCUUGAGGAGGCAAGAGAGGAGAACCACAGACUUGAGGAAAUGAUUCAGGAUUUGCAGGAUCACAUCGCCUCACUAGAGCAAGAUCGGGAGAUUCUUCAGGAACAGGUGAGAAUCAAGGAACUGGAGCAUGAUGAAACACUACUCAGACUGAAGGAACAGAUGUCAGCAGGUCAAAGGCAUACAGCAAAGACAAACAUUCAUGAGAAUGUUGAGAUGAUUCGUCUGCAAAGAGAAGUCAAGGAGAAAUCCACAAAGCUGGAGGCUUUGAAAUCUCAGUUUGCCAAUCUGGAAGAGAAUCUAAGGACAGUAAAGAAGAGCCACGAUACUGUCUUAGCGGAGAUGGAGCAACUCAACAAGCGGUACCAGAAGGAGCAGAGUAAAGUGCUUGGGCUUCAGAGUGAGCUGAAAGAGUCUAGCACCUCACACAGAACCAUCAUGGAGCUCCAGGAGCGAAUCGGCAAUGUUGAGAACGAAAAGAUUAUUUUACAAGAAGCCAAUGAGAAACUAUUGAACAGUGCAUUUGAUGCUGAGAGGGAGAGGCAGUACCGAGCCAAUGAGAAGCAACUGAAGCUGCAGAUAGCCCAGCUGGAGGCAACCCUCAAGGGGGACCUGAACGACAAGAACACCCUGCUGGAUAAACUCAAUGAGGAGCGAGAGCAAUAUGAGAAGUUGUCCAAGGAGAACCAACAGCUGCAGAUCAGCUACUACCAGGUGAGGCAGCAGCUGGAUGAGCUUCAGGAGAAGAUGAAAUUCUUCACCAGGGAGAGCGCUGUGGACUUCCAAGAACUAGAAGAGGCUCUCAUCAUUGUCAAGAAAAGGAAAGAAAAAGGCAGUCAGGAUCUGGAGUUUCUGGAGAAGGUGGACGAAGAGAUGAACAAAGACUUGAAGGCUCAGGUGGUAUCCUUGCAAGCGGAGCAUGCGGAGACAGUCAGUGAGCUAGAGAAGACCAGGAAUAUGCUCAUCCUGCAGCAUAAGAUCAACAGGGACUAUCAGAUUGAGGUAGAGGGGGCUACCACUAGGCUUGAGGAUUACAAGCAAGAGUAUGAGACCAAGCUGGAGGAAUACGCCCAGUUGCUGGAUAUCAGAGCUGCAAGAAUCAAAAAAUUGGAGCGUCAGUUGAGAGAUGUUGCCUAUGGAACCAAACAGUACAAGGUCACAGACAUAGCAGAUGACGAUGAUUAUGAGGAGAUUGAUGAAACAAUCAAGCUAGAACGUGGCCAGAAUCUACUAGAGCUUCAUGUUACAAGGCUUGUAUAUAGCAGAGAAGGUCUAAAAGCUCUCGGAGAUGAAAACCCGUCCACGUUUGUGACCUAUGCAUUCUUUGAGUUUGAGCUCCAAUCAACGCCCAUACUCAAGGGAGAUAGGCCUCAGUUUGACUUCACCUCCCAGUACAAGGUGACGGUGGACGACUUCUUCCUGCAGCAUCUCAUGAAGGGCUCAACGACCUUGGAGGUGCACCAGGCCAUCGGCACGGAGUACCGCACCAUCGCAGCGUGUCAGCUGCGAUUCCGUGACCUGCUGGAUAAGCCCCAGGGGCGGCUGCACGGCACGGAACAGCUGCUAGGCCUUGAGCGUGCUGGGGUCAACUUUGGCACCAUUGAGUUUUGGGUUCGUCUCCGUGUCCCCAUGGAUCAAGCACUCAGACUAUUCAGAGAAAGAGUCAAAGCCAUGGGCUACAUCAUGUCCAACACCAGGACGGCCAAUCAGGCCAUAGCAACCCUGGACCAGACCGAAGGCAGGGAAGACACUAGAGGGCAGCAGAGGGACAACUUGAACGAGCUGACUGUCAAGGUGGUGCGAUGCGCCGGCCUGAAGCCACGGAGGGAAGGCGUACAGCCUAACCCCUACGCCGUCUAUCGUUUCUUUGAUUUCAACGAUCACGACACCACUAUUGUAACCAGCAGUAACUCCCCUGAGUUCAACGAUGCCAACGUCUACCCUGUCGUCAUGACAGCUGAGCUGGAUCAGUACUUGAAAAACGACACAUUGGGUGUGUAUGUCUUUGAUGAUACAGACCCUGAGGACAUGGCUUACAUUGGAGUGGCUAAGAUCCCAUUGAUCAGCCUGGCUCAUGACAAGGCCAUCAGGGGAACGUUUGAGCUCAAACAGAGUGAUGGUAAAGUGAAUGGGACUGUCGAUAUGGUACUGAAGUGGCACUCUACGUACUUUGCACCUAAGUUAACAUCAGGCAAACCUAAGCCUACCAAACCACCAACCACUCCAUCCAAGCAAGCACCAAUCAUCGCACACCGUCCGCCCAUAAAACCGGUCUCUGCUCAAGCCGCUCCUGCCGUCACCCCAUCCAAGCAGCCUAAGCCGCUGGCUGCAUCCACGCCAUCAGUGCCUAGGCCUCGGUCUGGUACCCAGCCAGCCGAUGCAGCUGCCAGUGAGAAGGUUGUUGAGAGAACACGGCCCCUGCCUCGACCAAGGACAUCAUCACAACCUCUGGAGCCAACACCAAGGAAGACGGCCAGUGAAUCCCUCAAAAAUCCUGUCAUUGAUGUCACACCUCCUCCACAUGAGGAUCAGACUAACCCCUUGAGCGUAACGCAGACUCUAGAGGGCGACAGACCAGCCCCGGCCCCGGCAUCAGUCCAGGAGAGUCCCUUUGACAGUGAGGAAGAUGCCGUGUUGGAUGACGUAGAGCGUGAGCUGGAAGGACUGUCCAGGGGCCAGGAGCAAGUGGAGGAUUCAGCUGAGGAUGUCAACGACCUGGUGGCACAGGAGAUGAGAGACGAGUUUGGACAAGAUGAGGAAAAGAUUGGCAAGACGGAGCAGUUUGAAGACACUAUGUUUGGAGACACCUCUGCUCCAGGUACUGGAGAUGAUGACUAUGACGAGGACUCCAUUGCAGAAGAAGUUGACAUCCCAGAACCCAUAGAGGAAGAGGAUGAAGAGGAUGGGGAGGGGGAGGGGGAGGGGGAGGGGGAGGAGGAUGAGGAGGCGGAGCUAGAUGAGGAAGAGGAGGAGGUUGGGGCUGGGGACGCUGGGCAGGAGAUGAUGGAAGGAGAGGUCGAUGAUGAUGAAGGGAUGUCCAGCGAUAGCGAGGCGUUAGUGGUCAUGUCUCCAGCCAUGAACAGACCCAUGUCGGUAGCUGCGGGUGACAACACGGUAUCGGUGACCAUAUUCCAUCUGAGUCUGGAACCAGACACACCAGUCAUCACUGAUGAUAACGUGCAGCGUCUAUACGUCGAGUAUCACUUCCUGGGCCUAUCAGGGGAAGAGACCGAGACGCCAUUCUCACUGCCCAAACCCAAGGCUUAUCAUAACCUUGUCUACAACUUUAAGAAAAUGUUUCAUGUCGACGCUGAGAAUAACAAGUUGCAGAGGGACUAUCUGGUCAGCAUGCUUCAUCCAGAUGAUGCCACGCAAGGAAAAAUCCGUUUCACCGUUGUGAGUGAGCCUCUGGAGGAGAGCCAGGAUUUAGAGUGUGAGGACGUUGGAUAUGCCUAUGUGGACGUCAGGGACAUGUUGAGAGAAGAUGAGGACAUGAUUGAACAAGAUAUCGACAUUCACUAUGCUAAGGAGGAGUCCAUUUUGAUCGGGACGAUGAACGUGUCGGUGGAAUGCGUGGCAGCAUUGAGGGCAGCAUCAGCCGAAGUUGAUUACAGCAACGCCAAUGCUGAAUAAGCGCAUGAGGGAACGAUGGAUGGACUGUAUUUGGACUUGUUGCUCGGAAAUUUGUGAAAGUGCCUGUAAUUGCAUAAAAGAAUUCGUUAGAAUUGGCAUAUCAGUAGAAGUUCCUAUUGUCACACAGAAAGGGGGCAGUUUGAAUUUUGUGCGUGGUCAAUAUAAUGCAGCCAAUUAACUUAUCUAACCACCGGUGCACAGCCGUGGUAUGCCCAAAACCAAAGCACUGCAAUCAUUGUCACAGGCCGAGAUCAAUAAAGACUUUAUAUAUUUGUUUAUUUCUGGUAAUGAAACCAAGGAUUCUUCAAAAGUGUCCUAGUCACCGUAACUUGCAAGUCUGAAGAAACCUGUAGAGAGACGAGCAAAGAAAUUAGCAUUUUAGAGGUGGCAGGAAAAACCCAGAAGAAUAUUGUCGGGAAAAAACCCACGGAAUCAGGAAGGGACUGAAAACCCAUUCCACAUGUUGACCAAGGUACGUGGAUGUGCCCCAUAUGCACAUGUGCCUCAGCUGACACCGCAUUAUGGGGAAGUUUUCUAUUGUUUGGGAAAUCAGGACCGAGUUAUGGGGAAUUGCUGCUCUCCCUAUUGCGUCCUCGGUCCCCACAAUAAGUAUCGUUCAACAGGAGUGUGGCCCCCACAAUUCCAGAACAAGACUUUGUGUGUUGUGUGUAUUUUUCGAGAUGUUUAUAGAUUUGGUGCAAACAUUUCAUUGUGAGGAAGUUCGAAUGUUGUAUUAGUAGUUCGUAUACUACUGCUAUGUAUAUGAUGGAUAUGGGCAAUUCCACGGUUACUCACGUUACAUUUUUGAUGUACUUUUGAGAUUCCUUGG